AUGGAAUCGGAGAGGCCCACAGUUUUGAGUUCCAUGGCGAGACCGUCGUGGGCAUUCCUUCUCCUUGCUUUCACCGUCUUAGCGAUUCUCUCUCACCAAAUCUCUUCCAAUUCCCUUCUCCCUCUCUGGAUCCCGACGACCCGUCAGCAUGACCCGAUUACCUGCUCCGGGUUUUUCCUCCACGACCCGUCCCCGAAACGGAUCGUCAUGUCGAUAACAGAUUUCGGCGGAGUCGGAGACGGGAAGACGUCGAACACGGCGGCUUUCCGCCGCGCCGUGAGCCACCUUCGAGUUUUUGCUGCGGCCGAGGGUGGGGCCCAGUUGAAUGUUCCCAAGGGCACGUGGCUCUCCGGGAGCUUCAACCUCACCAGCAAUUUCACUCUCUUCCUCGAACGCGGCGCUGUGAUUUUGGGAUCCCAGGACCUAGACGAAUGGCCGAUUAUAGAGCCAUUGCCUUCUUAUGGAAGAGGGAGAGAGAGACCUGGUGGUAGACACAUUAGCCUCAUCCACGGAAACAACCUCACUAAUGUUGUCAUUACAGGAGAAAAUGGUACAAUCGAUGGACAGGGGAAAAUGUGGUGGGAGUUAUGGUGGAACAGAACACUGGUGCAUACGAGAGGCCAUUUGAUUGAAAUCAAGAACUCUCACAACAUCCUAAUCUCUAACCUCACUUUGCUCAACUCUCCUUUCUGGACAAUCCAUCCUGUUUACUCCAGCAAUGUUGUUAUUAGAAACAUGACAAUCCUUGCUCCUAUGAAUGCCCCUAACACUGAUGGUAUAGAUCCAGAUUCAAGCACCAAUGUGUGCAUUGAGGACUGUUACAUCGAAAGUGGGGAUGACCUUGUAGCUGUGAAGAGCGGGUGGGAUCAGUACGGAAUGGCUAUGGCACGUCCGAGUUCUAACAUCAUCAUCAGACGGAUCUCUGGUACUACGCGCACUUGUUCAGGUGUUGGAAUAGGCAGUGAGAUGUCUGGUGGGAUCUUCAACAUAACCAUCCAAGACAUUCACGUCUGGGACUCUGCAGCUGGUCUCCGUAUAAAAACAGAUAAAGGAAGAGGCGGUUACAUUUCGAAUGUCACCAUUGAUAAUGUGUUGUUGGAGAGAGUGAAAGUUCCUAUUAGGUUUAGCAGAGGCUCUAACGAUCAUCCGGAUGAUAAAUGGGAUCCGAAAGCUGUGCCGAGAGUGAAAGGUAUUUAUAUUAGCAAUGUGGUGAGUCUGGAGUCGAGAAAGGCUCCGAUGUUGCUUGGCGUUGAAGGCGCUUCGUUUCAAGAUAUAUGUUUGAGGAAUGUUACGCUUCUUGGGUUACCGCAGAGUGAGAAAUGGAAGUGCAAGGAUGUUUCUGGUUACGCCAGCGAUGUUUUUCCUCUGACAUGUCCGGAGUUGUUGCAGAAGAAAGGUUCGAUGUUCUCUCAGUGUUCAUAG